CCGGUGUGCGGAGCCCGACUGUCACUCGGCUCCCGCGCUGGGGGCGAAGAGGCGCCGGCGCCCGAGUCGAGUCCCAGCCAGCUGCCACCCCCGCCUGGACCCCACAGCCCAGCCCUGGAUUCUCGAGGCAUCCCCGGAGAGAGCGGCGGCGCUUGGACAGAACAGCCCCGGGGGACAGGAGUGCUGCCAGCUUCGGUGACCUUGGGCCGGGCUGAGAGCGCUGCGGCGGGAGCCUGGAGGACGAUGAGCGGCCGCCCGCCCGGUGCCCAGAGCCCAGCCUUGGCCGCCGCGGCCCGGGAGCUCUGGGUGGCACCUGGUACCGGGAACUUUGAGCACUGCCUGUGGGACCCCCUGCCGGCCAGCAGGCAGGAUGGUGCCUGCCUCGUGCCCCUCGGUGCCCGUCUGCUGAUGUGCCCAGCCUGUGCCCACCAUGCCGCACUCCAUCUCGGCCUUCCAGGCCGCCUACAUUGGCAUCGAGGUGCUCAUCGCUCUGGUCUCUGUGCCUGGGAAUGUGCUUGUCAUCUGGGCGGUGAAGGUGAACCAGGCGCUGCGGGACGCCACCUUCUGCUUCAUCGUGUCGCUGGCAGUGGCUGAUGUGGCGGUGGGCGCUCUGGUCAUCCCUCUCGCCAUCCUCAUCAACAUUGGGCCGCAGACCUACUUCCACACCUGCCUCAUGGUCGCCUGUCCCGUCCUCAUCCUCACGCAGAGCUCCAUCCUGGCCCUGCUGGCGAUCGCUGUGGACCGCUACCUCCGUGUCAAGAUCCCUCUCCGGUACAAGACGGUGAUGACCCCCCGGAGGGCGGCAGUGGCCAUCGCGGGCUGCUGGCUUCUGUCCUUGGUGGUGGGCCUGACGCCUAUGUUCGGCUGGAACAAUCUGGCUGAGGUGGAGCGGGCCUGGGCGGCCAACGGCAGCGCGGGCGAGCCCGUGAUCAAGUGCGAGUUCGAGAAGGUCAUCAGCAUGGAGUACAUGGUCUACUUCAACUUCUUCGUGUGGGUGCUGCCCCCGCUGCUGCUCAUGGUUCUCAUCUACCUGGAGGUCUUCUACCUGAUCCGCAAGCAGCUCAGCAAGAAGGUGUCGGCCUCCUCGGGCGACCCGCAGAAGUACUACGGCAAGGAGCUGAAGAUCGCCAAGUCGCUGGCCCUCAUUCUCUUCCUCUUCGCCCUCAGCUGGCUGCCCCUGCACAUCCUGAACUGCAUCACCCUCUUCUGCCCGUCCUGCCACAAGCCCAGCAUCCUCAUCUACAUCGCCAUCUUCCUCACGCACGGCAACUCGGCCAUGAACCCCAUCGUCUAUGCCUUCCGCAUCCAGAAGUUCAGGGUCACCUUCCUUAAGAUUUGGAACGACCAUUUCCGCUGCCAGCCCACUCCCCCCACUGACGAGGACCUCCCUGAAGAGAGGCCUGAUGACUAGACUCUGCCUUCUGCUGCAGUGUCCAGCAGGGUCUCAGCCAGUCCUCGCCUCCCUGCCAUCCCACGGGUCUCCCCGAGCCUUCCCCAGCUGGGACGUGGGCUGUGCGCACCGGGAGGCUCUGGAGAGGGGUCUGCGGAACAGGGAACCUCCUCAGGGAGUUAACUGACCUCACCUCUAGGUCCUGCAGGGGGUUCGGGAGGGCAGAGUUGGGGAGGAAACUGGGUGCCCUGAGGUGAGAGAAAAGUGUCUUGAGCCCCCACCCACCUGACCAUCCCACGAGCAGCCCAGUGCUUCAGGGUUGGGCAGGUCCUGGGGAGGCUGCGACUACAGAGGAGCUGCUGGGGCUGGGCAGAGGAUGCUCAGGCUUCUGCAGCCAGGCAGGGGAAUCUGCUUAGGUGUUGGUGGUGCAGUCCUGGGAUCCAGCUUAAGGAGAGGAGAGAUCUCCUCCGAGAUGGAGGGAGGAGAGAAAAGGGAUGUCUUUCUCUCCUGUUCCAUAGGAGAAGGUGGACAGAACAGCCAAGGGGCAGGAACCCAGGAGCCUCAGUCUCCACCUGUGAGGACUCAGUGACCCAGGCCAUGCAGGGUGCCAGGGUGCCUGUUCUCCUUGUCCUAGGCGGCCCAGGAUUGCACUUAAGAGAGAUGGACAAAGUGCGUGCAGACAUCAUUUCCAACAUUCUCUUUAUUCGCCACCAGCCCUUGGACCCUAGGUGGGGGCUCUCGGCCUUGCGAAGUGUAUGUGGUGUGGUAGGUGCUGUCCUCAAACAGCCACCAGGUGGCAGCACUGAGCCCUCCUUGCCCCAGGCUACCCCCAGGAGGAGCCUGGAGCGUAACUACCUGCUCUCUGGGCCACCAGCUCCACCAGCCCAAUGUCAGGCCUGGACUGUCUUAAGUGACACUCUCUGCUGCUUCUGGACAUGCCAACUCUUGGGAGCAUUCUGUCUGCCUGAGGAGGGGAUGGACGAGGGGAUAGGAAGGGCCCGCGCAGACCUGGUGCUGACCGUGGGCACUCCGGGGUGGGGGGUGGCAGGCUGGAACAGGCCAGAGGAGACUGCCCUCCUGAGAGUGUGGGGGAAGGUCUUGCUGGCACUUAAGUACCCGUGGUAUCUAGCUCAGUUUUCAGGGGCUUUGGACAGAGGAGAUCUUUAGGGAUCUGGGGAAGGACCAACCCAUUCCCUGCCAGGCCUAGGGCCCUUGUGUGGAGGGAUGGGGGUGGAUGGGGGAGACGGUGGUCAAGCUGGAGGGUUCUGAGUGGGCAUAUCAACUCCAAGCCUUGAUUCCAGGCCCCGGUGGGGUGUCCCCUGGCUCCCAAGGGAGGCCCACGUGAUUAAUAAAAGACUGUGAACCUUU